AGAACAAGCUGUGAAAUGUCAACUCAGCCGGCUCUAGCCGAUGGACGACUGCUUUUUCUGCUGAUUCUCAUCUGCCCUUUGGGUAUACUGGCAUUCACACCGACCUUCUCAGAGCCGCUCUCCAAUUUGACAGUAGCAGUCGGCCGAGAUGCAACUUUCACUUGUAUGGUUCAACAUCUUGGUGGAUACAGGGUGGGAUGGGUGAAAGCUGACACCAAAGCUAUACAAGCGAUACAUGAUCACGUGAUUACACACAACCCACGUGUGUCGGUGAGUCAUAAUGACCACUCCACGUGGAAUCUACAUGUGCGCAGUGUACAGGAAGAGGAUCGGGGACAAUACAUGUGUCAAAUAAAUACGGACCCAAUGAAGAGUCAGAUGGGUCACCUGGAGGUAGUCGUUCCUCCAGAUUUCAUCCAAGAGGAGACAUCGGGAGAUGUGAUGGUUCCUGAAGGCGGGACUGUCAAGUUGACUUGCCGCGCCAGGGGCUAUCCACAGCCAAAAGUCAUUUGGCGGAGAGAAGACAACGUCGAAAUCAUCUCUAAAGAAGCGAAUGGGCUGAAGAAUAAACUACCUCUAUUCGAAGGAGAGAUCUUGAAGCUGUCCAAGAUUACAAGAUCAGAAAUGGGAGCUUACCUUUGCAUCGCAUCCAACAGUAUCCCGCCAACAGUCAGCAAAAGGAUACUUGUCAACGUUCAUUUUCAUCCAGUGAUCCAGGUCCCUAACCAGCUUGUGGGAGCCCCAUUAGGAACUGAUGUAACAUUAGAGUGCUUAGUUGAAGCAUCUCCCAAAUCAAUCAACUAUUGGAUAAGAGAUUCUGGAGACAUGGUGAUAAGCAGUGAGAAAUACGACGUGAGUGGAGUCGGAAAAUCCAUGUUCGAAGUCAAGAUGAUUCUGGUGAUACGAAAUUUCCAGAAAUCAGACGUUGGCUCUUAUAGGUGUAUAGCAAAGAACUCUCUCGGAGAGGUGGAGAGCAACAUCAGACUUUACGAAAUUCCAGGCCAAAACCGUCGCCCGCCUUCGCCGACAAGAUACGACGAGGAAGACGACUACGCUGAACAGUACGGAUCAGCUGAGGAGGAGGAAGCGACGCGAGAGGAGGCGUCGAACGCAGUGGAUGGCCCCUGGCCCAACCAGCCAACCGCCCCCUUCCACACGCCGCCCCACCAGCCCCCUGCCGCCUCCAGUGCCGCCUCCAGGCUGCUGCCUCUGCGUCUGGAUCUCUGACGUUCGCCUCUUGCCCUGGUGACAGGUUGUUGGAUCGUGAGGUACUCGUUACGACUGCUACGCUAGUCUAGUCAACUGUGUUAGUCAGACGUUCUUCUCUUGAAAGUGAAGCUUCUUUGAUGGGGGACUGAGGGAGGUAAACAGCGGUUGCUUACAGAGAAUCAAAAUAUCCUCGAUAAUCAUACGAUUCUGAGUACUCAUAUUAACAGAUUGAAAUUACUGAGAUAUUGCAAUUAUUCAAAUGCUAAUGAAUUAAUUAUUAUUAAACGAAAAUCCAAAUUGAAAUCUGUAAUUCACCCCGAAGACUUCAGCUACUGCAAAU